AUGGAUGCCAGGGGGGACCCGAGGAUGAGCUCCUCCGAGCAUCACCCCGGCUUGGUCGCCGGCGGCCUGCCGAGCAGCCCUUUGCCGGCGGCGACGAUCCACGGCGUGCGCCUGUCCUUCAGCCCGACGGCCGCCGGCGUCCCGACGGCGGACUCCCACCACGCCGGUGAGCUGCCGCUCGAGAUCCGGCCCGGUGGAGGAGGCUUCACCAUGAGCAUGAGCGAGCCAGUGAAGAAGAAGCGGGGAAGGCCGAGAAAGUACGGCCCCGACGGCAGCAUGUCUCUGGCGCUGGUCUCCCCCGCCGCCGUCGGCGCUGCUUCUGGAUACUCGUCAGAACCGCCGGCGCCAAAACGGCGCGGCCGCCCGCCCGGGUCGGGGAAGAAGAAGCAGCUUGAUGCACUGGGUAUCCUCUCAUCCUGCAUUUUUUUUCCUAAAAAUGUCAGCUUUCUCUCAUUCUCAUCUCUCUGGCCAUCUCUCUAAAAAUCUCCGUCUGCUAAACAGGCUCAGCCGGAGUCGGCUUCACUCCGCAUGUUAUCAUCGUCAACCCUGGGGAGGUUCGAAUUUGAUGCUAGAAAAUUCAGUACUAGUCGUUUUUAUUUUUAUUUCUUAUUCAAUUCGUUCUUCAAUAAUUUAUAUCAUGGAAAAUUCCUCGACUUCGUCCGCUGGAAAAUAAUCAUAAUAUCAAUGAUCAUAAUCAUUCUCCACAAACUGCCUUGUUGAUCAGGAUGUGGCAUCAAAGAUCAUGGCCUUCUCACAGCAGAGCCCAAGAACCAUCUGCGUGGUGUCGGCCAUAGGCGCCAUCUCCAACGUCACCCUCCGCCAGCCCGCCACUCUGGGCGGCACCGUCACCAUCGAGGCCGGUGCAAUUACCUCAAUUUCUCUCUCUUAACCCCCCUUCGCUCAAAACUCUCUCUCUCUCUCUCUACCUAUCUAUCUCAUCAAGGUGAGCAUCUGCUGUCUUGCAGGGUCGGUUCGAGAUCCUCUCCCUGUCGGGUUCCUUCCACCUUGCUGAGGAUGGCGGCGCUUGGACCCGGACCGGCGGUCUGAGUGUGUCUCUGGCCGGCGCUGACAGCCGGGUCCUCGGCGGCGGAGUGGUCGGAAUGCUGGUGGCAGCUUCACCUGUGCAGGUCUUCAUGACCCCCCACCCCCUCUUCUCAUGGCCGGCACAAGCUCCUUGUGAUCGUCUCACUUUCUGAGUUUCCUCUUCCUCUACCAGGUUGUGGUCGCCAGCUUCAUCCCCGAAGGAAGGAAGCCGAAGCUCAGCCAACCGCCGAAGCUAGAGCCGCCGCCACCGCCAAACCCAAUUCCACCACCGGCCACAGUGGCGGCCUCAGCAAGCCCGCCUUCCCAGGGGACCUCGAGCGAGCUCUCCGAUGGCGGCGGCGGUGGCAGCAGCGGCCUGGUGAACCUGGCGGCCGGUCAGCAGCAUGCGUACACAUCAUCUGCCAGCUGGGCCGACCCCGGAAGCCAGCUCAACCAUGACUGA